UCCUCAGUCUAUUUAAUCCCGCGGCGCCAUGAUUCUUCGGAAAGGAAACCACCAAGCUACUGGAAGGCCGACGACGCACAAUGGCUCACACCCUCGGCCUCUUCACAGCCCUCCUCGCCGUGUCCGCCGUCGUGGCGCUCGCGGCGGAGGCUCCUGCUCCGGCGGCCUCCCCGAAGUCGUCGAAGGCCUCCGGUUCAUCGGCAGCACCGUCGAAAGCACCCGCUUCGGCCCAUGGAAAGCUUGAGAAAGCUCCCACAAGUUCUCCCUCAGCGACUCCGAAGGCUGCACCGGCCAAGGCUCCGGCCGCCAAGACAGAGACACCGGCCCACGCGCCUGCCGCCAAGGGGUCAAGUGCCGAGUCGCCCAGCGAAGAAGGCGCCACGCCGGCGGAGGCCCCGGCCAGCUCCACAGAGGAUUCCGCGUCGAGCCCUUCCGCUUCUCCGUCGGAGUCCGCCGAGUCUCCGGGCAGUGGUGGCGCCGCCGAGGAAGAACCGUCUGAGCCAUCUGCCGAGGUGCCGUCAUCGUCGUCGGACGAAGCCAGCACAGCCGACAGCCCGCCUGAGCCGGCCACCACAUCAGAAUCGCCAGCGGCUUCGCCUGGCCCUGCCGCAGCUGACGAGAGCGGCAGCGCGGGCAUGAGCAUCGGCGUCGCGGCUGCCGUCGUGGCCGCUGCUGCCGCCUCGGCAGUGCUUUCACUUUAGGAUGCCAUGGUGUUUUGAUGGCCAAUGUAAUUCUUACGUCGUAGACAGGAAAUUUAUUGUGAAUUUGUACUCAUGUUCGGUGGUUCUUGAGGAGUAGUUAAUCUAAUUGGGGCUAUGGCUAGUCAUUCUCCGUUUUCCUACUGAUUUUUGUUCCUUUGUAAUUUGACGAAUCUUUGCAGUUUCUGGAUUCAGUAAACACCGUUUUAAAAGAGCCCGGAAUCCCUGUGAAAA